AUGGACAACUUCUUCGGCAACCAGCUCUCCCAAGAGGAGCUGCAGCGCCGCCAUUCCCUGCAGCGCAACCAGAGACGUCUCGUUUCAGCUUCAAUAAACCAGGCCUCCCAGCAGGCGCAAUAUGGCCCUGUCACGGCCGCAAACCCGGACCCGUCCUUGGUAGGUACAGAUACCCUCGAUGACAUUAUCUGUAGCAAUUCUCAAGAGCUACAACGGCGACGAAGCCUGCCACAGCAAUAUCAAGGACAGAUGCCCCAAGUGGAUACCGAUCGAAGGAUGUCGAUGAUGGAAUUCGGUAGCGACGACGACUCCUUUAGGGAUUAUCAGUUUGGGGUUAUGCCAAAUUCAGCUGGCGCUAUGAACAACGGCUAUCCUACUCUUAACACUAACAUAGCCCUUCAGGGAACUUCGGGUUUUACUUCACCUCCUAUGCUAGCUGAUGACUUUUCGUCACUCUCUUCUGAUAUGGUAGGGAAUAUGAUUGCCUUCUCUAAUAUGAACAUGGACCCGAUGGGCGCGGACCCGUCCAUGAACAUGUUCCCACCUGGAACUGCCCUGUCUACCCCAUUUCAACCAAAUUCUAUGGAUGGCUUGCAGGCAGAAUUCAGCAUGGAUUUGUCAAAUGAGAACGGCGCCCUUGGUGCUGUCGCUAACAACCCUGGUGGCGUCAUGUCCGUCGACACUGGCGAAGAUAGCAUUAUGACUACUUCUCCGCAGUUCUCUCCUACCAGCCAACAUAACCCUCAGGCAAAUCUUGAUAUGGACGCUACCAUGACCGAGUUUCAACCCGGUAUUUCGCCGCAGCCUGUAUCACAGGUUCAGUCCCAAAACCUCGUAUCUUCCACGCCCUCGUAUGAGUCGCCCAUCGCAACUACGACGGAAACGACUCCAGAGAGCGCGGCCCCUCCUCAGCCGUCUAUUCCAGCCGUCAUGAAUCCUCAACCCCCCAAAGAGAAAACUAUUUAUUCCAAAAGCGGUUUCGAUAUGCUGAGAGCCCUCUGGCUUGUGGCUACGCGGAAAAAUCCUCAGGUUAAUCUCGGUGCCGUCGACAUGUCCUGUGCUUUUGUCGUCUGCGAUGUUACAAUGAACGAUUGUCCAAUCAUAUACGUCUCGGACAAUUUUCAGAACCUGACUGGCUAUAGCCAGCACGAGAUUGUUGGCCAGAAUUGUCGGUUUCUGCAGGCCCCGGAUGGCAAGGUCGAAGCGGGUACGAAACGAGAGUUUGUCGAUAAUGGAGCUGUCUAUAACUUGAAGCAAAAGAUUGCAGAGGGUAAGGAAGUACAACAGAGUUUAAUUAACUACCGGAAAGGAGGCAAGCCCUUUUUGAAUUUACUAACCAUGAUCCCUAUCCCAUGGGACACCUCCGAGAUCAGGUAUAUCAUUGGGUUCCAGAUUGACCUAGUAGAAUGCCCCGACGCCAUCGCCUCACACCAAGGUCCGGGAACCAUGAAGGUUAACUACAAGCACAGUGAUAUCGGGCAGUACAUUUGGACACCGCCAUCUUCCAGCCAGUGGGAACCAGAGAACGGACAGACGUUGGGACUCGACGACGUGUCUACGCUGUUACAGCAAUUCAACCCCAAAGGAGCCGUCUCUGAUUGGCACCGGCAGUCCUGGGACAAGAUGCUUCUAGAGAAUGCCGAUGAUGUCGUUCACGUUUUAUCCUUGAAGGGACUAUUUCUCUACCUUUCACCAUCUUGUAAACGCAUACUCGAGUACGACGCUACUGAGCUCGUUGGGAGCUCCAUCUCGUCCAUAUCCCAUCCUUCCGAUAUCGUUCCGGUAACCCGAGAGCUCAAAGACGCUACAAAUGGAAGUUCGGUAAACAUAGUAUUCCGUAUACGAAGAAAGCAGAGUGGCUACACAUGGUUCGAAAGUCAUGGCUCACUAUUCGUAGAGCAAGGAAAAGGCCGAAAGUGCAUAAUCCUGGUUGGACGGAAACGCCCUGUUUUUGCGCUUAGUCGGCGGGAGCUAGAAUUAAACGGCGGCAUAGGCGACAGCGAGUUGUGGACAAAGCUCUCUACCUCUGGAAUGUUUCUAUUCGUAUCCGCAAACGUCAGGUCUCUAUUGGAUUUGCAACCAGAAAACCUUGUGGGCACUAGCAUCCAGGAGCUGAUGCGCAAGGAAUCCCGUGCGGAGUUUGGGCGUUCGAUCGAAAAAGCUAGAAGAGGACGCAUAGUCACAUGCAAGCAUGAGGUACAAAAUCGCCGCGGCCAGGUUUUACAAGCCCAUACCAUCAUGUACCCAGGCGAUGCGUGCAAGGGACAGAAACCGACCUUUUUGCUUGCCCAGACGAAGUUAGUUAAGGCCUCUUCUCGGGCAAUCGGACCGGCUGCGUCCGCUCUGUCUAAUAGACCGGGUUCUGUAGGCCAUUCGUCUACAGAACCGAAGUCCAUGUCCAGCUUUGCCGUGGCACAAGGUGGUCAACCUUCAGAUGACCAACGCCAUGGUCUCCUCUCUGCUGCUGCAGGUGGCGCCAUGGCUCCUGGUAACCAAGACAAAGCUCUUGCAUCAGAUGAUAAUAUUUUUGACGAGCUCAAAACCACGAGAUGUACUAGCUGGCAGUAUGAAUUGCGGCAGAUGGAGAAAGUAAACCGGGUUCUAGCUGAGGAGCUUCACGGCCUUCUUUCUAACAAAAAGAAACGCAAGCGUAGAAAGGGAGUUGGGAACUUCGUCCGAGAUUGUGCUAAUUGUCAUACUCGCAACACGCCCGAAUGGCGGAGAGGCCCGAGCGGUCAAAGAGACCUGUGUAACAGCUGCGGCCUUAGGUGGGCAAAGCAGACGGGCAGGGUCUCUCCGCGGAAUUCAUCCCGUGGUGGCAACGGCGAUGCGACGAGUAAGAAGUCUAAUUCCCCCGUACAUUCUUCUCCACUACAGCGAGAAAUGCCUGCGAGCGAGAUGAGCGUCGUUGAGCAGCCUUCGGAAACAGACACGGGCGUAACGGUAAAUAGGUCAUCGGGCUCGAACGUGGUUCCUAGUACUGGUAGUAUAAGUACGACGCCAUCAGGCUCGCGGGGCUAUUCGAUGCCUCCGCCGAGCUUAUCCCUCCUUGGGGGCGGUGUCGUUGGCAGCGAAAUGACAGCUAUCCAAGAAGAACGGGAGGUCAGCAUGUAA